AUGCUGAACGGUACAGCGGACACUGGGGCUGUGUCGCUCCAAUCAUCACCAUUGAAAGUCUCGCCGUCAUCCGUAAAGGUAUCUUCUAGUCCAGUGAAAGCUUCACCGAGCCCUGUAAGGGCACCAUCAUCACCCCUAAAGUCCUCUUUAUCACCAAGUGGGAGACAGAGGUCACCCAGAAAAUGCCAAUUUGCUGCGCCCGCUGAUGACUCAAAGGAUAAGUGCGGAACAUCAUGGCUCUGUCGUAGAGGUGCUGGAGUGGAUGGCGACGCUAGUGUGGAAGCAGGGCCGAGUGCCCCCUUUCACCAGGCUUGCGAGGAGACUGCCCCACCACCAAAGAACUGCUUCCGACUGGUUAUGUUGGGGUAA